AUGUUUGAAUUACCUGUCGUUGAUGGCUAUGAGAAUGGUCAGACAUUUCUAGCUGAAAGGAAAUUGCGGUACAGAUAUUUCAAUCAAUCACAUAAACGAUACCUACAUUACUUACAAUCGAAAUCCCAAACUGAUAUUGUACCUGUGAAUGAACAUGAGGAAGGCAGAGAUGAGGAAAAUGAAGAAGAUAUAGAACUUAGACAUAAUCAUGAAGAAAGACUCUAUUUUAAGAGAUACGAGAAACCACAAAAUAGUUAUGAAAUAUGGAGAUUGGAUAAUAAGAAACGGAAGAGAGAACCAUUGCAACAAGGUACGAUGACAUAUUCAGAUAUAUCAGAUAUUGAAGAAUAUGGGAAACGUAAGAGCCAACAUCUAUAUUACUCUAAUCAUAAACUGGUGGAAACAUUUCAAAAUCAAGUGGAUGGGUAUGAGCUCUUAAAGAAAAGGAAAUCAACAAUUGUGAAGAAUGUUGAUUUGAAAGUUAUAGAGACUUUGAUACAACUACUGCAUGUUAAUAUCAUCAGAAGGAAAUGGAACAUUGCAUAUAGAGUAUUCGCCCAAUUGGUUCGUAUCCCCAGUGUUGAUAUUCGAUCCAUUUGGAACCUUGGUGUUGAAAUCAUGUCACACGCACAAGAAAACAAUGAUCCUGAACAAAAGAUGACUUUGGAGUUUUUAGAAUGGAUGACAAAAGUUUAUUCGUCAAGAGCCAAAUAUAUUGAAGGUAUCAAUCAUAAACUUGCACCUAUGUUCCGUAGUAGUUCAAAGGAUCAUACAGCAGCGUACGUCACCACCUUACUGUGGAGGUCUCUGUAUGUUGCAGCAGCUCAUACUUUAGACAAUGACCAUUAUACCGAUGAUACUAAUAAGACUAGUGAUGCUGCAUUACAAACCCUCAUUGAAAAGAUUGAUGAUAUGUUAAUCAUCCCAACGUACAUGGAAGAAAGUGAGAUCUGGUUUGUUCAAGCAAUGUGCCAUGUAGUGAAGACAGAUUACUUAACCAGGCAGAUGAGUGUCGAGCGUGUCGGUUCCAUUAACGAUAUACGACGUAACGAUGUCACGGCAGCGAUCAAGACUGCUGAACGUUGUCUCCAGGAAUGUCUUGAACGAACUGCUGGCGAUACUGUUCAGUUCGCAUUUCCAGACCGCUACAUCCGUAGACAGCUUCGCCAACUGGAGCAAAGGAUCAGCAACAAGUGA